AUGGCUCGCCAGACAACACAUCUCGCUGGACURCCCAUAAAGCACCUCACGCUGGCAGCGCUGGUGGUGCAAAAUGCAGCAUCCAUCCUGCUGACACACUACUCACGACACAUGCCGCUGGUGAAUGGCGACCGAUACUUCACCUCAACCGCCGUCCUGCUCGCCGAAAUCAUCAAACUCUCCAUCUUCCUCUCUGUUGCCCUCUACGAAGUCGCAACAGGCCCCCAAACCUCCGAUUCGCCCACAAUCAGCCAAUUGGCCGGGUCAUUGUCAAAAGCUGUGUUUACAGGAGACAGCUGGAAGCUGGCUCUUCCUGCGCUGUUGUAUACCAUCCAAAACACACUCUUCUAUGUUGCAGCGAGCAAUCUGGAUGCGGCGACGUGGACCGUCACAAGCCAGGCCAAAUUGGUCUUCACUGCCAUCUUCGGUGCAGUCCUCUUGGGCAGAGUGCUGGACGUGCGGAAAUGGCUGAGCUUGGGAUUGAUGKCAGUCUCGAUCGCUGUGGUACAGAUCUCCUACAUGUCGCAGCAGGAGGGAGUGUUGUCCAUGCAGGAUCUGCGAGAUGGCGUCUCAUUUCACUCGCCGAGGAGCAUCUGGGAUAUGGAGGGAGAAGGCAAUGUUGCGGCUGGCAAGCUCAAUGCUGCGGGCAACCUGAGAAAGCGUUCGGCGACAUACGAAGGCAUUGAUGAGGACGUUGCUGCGGCUAGUCCGAGACGAAAUGCGUCUGUUGGACUUGCGGCAGCUCUUGCAGCAUGCAUUCUAGCUGGUGCGGCUGGUGUGUACUUUGAAAAGGUGUUGAAGACCAAGGAUUCGAGAGUUUCGGUGUGGGUGCGGAAUGUCCAGCUUUCGCUCUACGCGAUGAUACCGGCGCUGCUAUUUGGAGUGGCUUUCACAGACAUGGAUCACAUCGCAAGAACGGGCUUUUUCACCGGAUAUAGCUGGGUGGUGUGGGUUGUCAUUGUUUUGCAGGCGCUUGGAGGCGUUCUAGUAGCGAUAGCGCUCAGCUACACAGACAGCACCACGAAGAGCUUAACCACAAGUGCAUCGACAGUCAUAGUCCUAGUAGCAAGCAUCCUCUCCACAGAACUCAACACAGCUGUCCUCUACCUCCUCGGCACCGUCUCAACCUUAGCAUCCGCCUACCUCUUCCACAACUCCAGCCCAACUGACAAACAACUCCGCCCACCACCCAUCAAUAUCUCCCAAUACGAAAAAAGCGAAGACGGCAGCAGCGGCGGGGGCUAUUUCGAUCUAGAAGCAACAGCAACGCCCGCGCGAUCCCCUCUUCAAAAUCCCUUCAGGGAUGCAAUGUCCACCAGCAGGCCUGGAACUCCCAACAGUGAGCGGAGACAUCGAGCAAAGAGCCCGGGCAUUGAUAUGAGGUUUGCCAUGAAACGAGACCAAUGA